AUGGAGCGGGUGUUAAUUGUGGUCCCCGGGCUGUACGGCCUCGUUGCCGCGAAAACAUAUUUGCAGGUGAGAGGUGUGUACGACCAAAGUAGAAUACCGGACGACGAUGCCGAAAUCAUGAGCGAAAUCCCAACUGGUUUUUUGAUUUCCAAUCCAGCACAACAGACGAAUCCCGAUCCUUCGUGUUCUUUACUGGUGGUGGACUCUGCAUCGGAUAUCGGGGGCACCUGGGGGGAGGAGCGACUAUACCCAAAUCUUGUGAGCCAGAACACCUACGGGCUUUAUGAGUACAGUGAUCUUCCACUCGCCGAGGUAGUUCCCCCGGAGCAGGAUCACAUGGGGGCGCAUUUUAUUGCAGGAUGGAAGAUUAACCGGUACCUUCACGUCUGGGCCGACAAAUGGGAUCUGAAAAAGCACAUCCGUCUAGGAUGGCAAGUCGACACUAUCAGGCGCCUGGACAACAAGAUAUGGCAACUCAACAUUCGUAUCAUGUCCGGUGCCCAUCGGGAUAUCACUAUAUUUUGCGACAAACUAAUACUAGCCACCGGGCUAACUUCGGUUCCGAAUCUUCCACAGCUGGCAGUUUCCCCCGAGGUUGGAAAGUCAGGCCCAGUGAUCCAUGCAAAACACAUUGGAGACUGGGCACACGACAAUCUAGGAUAUCAGUCCCUGCCGGACGUCGAGAUACUGGAACGAGAAACAGCGAACCCCAAAUUGAAAAACCCUCGCCUGCGCUCCGUCGUUAUAUAUGGUGGGGCAAAGUCCUCAUUCGAUUUGGUGCAUUUCUUCGCCAAGUUACAUCAACAAGAUCGGAAGUUGCACCUAAAAGUUUCAGCCAAGGAUCCCAUCAAUGUCCACUGGAUCAUUCGCAACAGAGGUGCGGGCCCAUCAUGGAUGGCGCCGCCAACUUCAACUUUGCCGAAUGGGGAGAUAGUCGCCAGUGACAAAGCCGCCAGCACUCGGUUCAUACACUAUCUGGACCCAUGUUCAUAUGAGAUGCCUAAGCGUGCUGUUCUGCGAAAAUCAACGGGAAGAUGGUUCUGGGACUUUCACCUCGAAGGCUCUUGGAGGGCAAGAUUUUUUCAUGGGAAUCCACUUGGUCGCCGGUUUUUACAACAGUUUUGGCAGUCGCUCGAUCAGAAUUUGGAAGGAAUUGCGCAGUAUGAUGCCAACCCAAAGAUGCGGUUACUGCGGCCAGAUCACAGUAUCAUCUCAUGCAACUCCACAAUCGGAAUUGCUAACCAAGCUGAUUUAUGGGAAACGAUCCGAUCUCCCCAUGUGAGCAUACAUCGUUCGACAAUUGAUAGCAUUUCACACGCAAAUGUUGCGGGUGAUAGUAGCCUCGUUGAUAGGGUGACAGCCUCAUUAGAGAACGGUACCUGUCUUGAAGACAUCGAUCUUGUUGUACAUGCAACAGGGUACAAACCUGUCGUUCCUAUCGAUUUUGAACCAGAAAACCUGCGCAUGCGUCUUGGGUUCCCAGAUCUGCUAGAUCCAGGGCAUGGCAAAGAGGACCAGCCGCGCACAAUGAUCACGCCGAAUCACUUGGAACCUGAACGACGAAUUCAACACUGGAAAGCGAUGGAUCUGAGAUCAGAAAAAAAGAUCCAAAAAAUUCUGAAAGCCACCGGCUGCGUCCCUGGUAGGUGUCACGAUCAAUCUUCGACCUCGAAGACAGAAGUACUGCCAUAUCGUCUUUUCCGUCGAAUGGUGGCACCCGAGCUGGUGGCAGAGGGUGAUCGAUCAUUUGCUGUUCUCGGCGUGGUCCUCACGUCAACAAUUGCAAUUGUCGCCGAAAUUCAAGCCCUGUGGAUUGCUGCUUUCCUGACCGAGAAACUGGAGACCAUGGACCAAUCUAUCUCCGAGGAUGUCGUGCUCGGGAGGGUCACGGGAAGUGAGAUGCAAGUAGAUGCCAUUCAGUAUAACGAUAUAUUAAUGCGUGAUUUGGGGCUGAAUCCGCAUCGACUGGGUGGUGGUUUCUGGAGGGAGCUGACGGGAGUGUAUGAGCCAUCAGCCUAUGCAGGGAUUGUGGAGGAAUGGAGAAAAGUUCAGCAGAAAAACUAG